GAGCCAAAUCGACUUCACGUAAAUCAAAAUAUGUCUAUCAAAUUAUGUAACAUAUUUUUUUAAGACAAUCAAUAGUACAGAUGUCUUCGAAGAUUAAUUUGUAAAGAUUUCGUUUUCGUUAGCAAGUGGCUAAAGUUAAAACCUAUAUAUCUAGUGUUUAUUUGCUUGGAAGAUUCGUAUUUUACUAGCACCUAAUACUUUAAGCAUUAUGAAAGAGAAAGGAUCGCCUAUUAAUCUUAAUUCACGCGUCAUAGAUGAGAUCCGAUCUAACAAAAUAAAAGAUUCGGUAAAUUUCCAGGGCUACUUUCAAGGUCACCACUGCCAUUUACCGGUAGACAAGUUAUCUGUCUACAAUAUUAAGUGCUCCAAAUUCCGUAGAUUCUUUUUUAAUUUAUCUACGGUUAGAAUGGGUGAUAUACGAGCUCGGAAUCUGUACAGAUCAUACACUGCUCUGUGUGCUGAGAAAUACCGGCAUUUCUUAUAUUACCCUUAUGCAAUACACCCCUAUAGUAAAUUAAGAUUAUGGCUGGAAGCCGUUUUUGUGGUCGCCAUAUUGAUAUCCAACACUGCUCUGGCGUUUCAUUACAGUGAAGAUUAUCCUGCUCACUCGGAUUACCACACAGAUAUUUCUUUUGUGACAGAUAUUAUUACUAUGCUAAAUAUUAUAAUUAAUAUCUUCACUGGAUACAUAGAAGGAAAGACAUGCCAAUACGCAGUGUUGGAUUUCAAAAAGUUAUUAUGUCAUUACGCAAAGACCUGGAUGACGGUAGACCUGCUAUCGGCGCUAAGUUUUCUACCUAUUGUAAUACAUAUUGAAGAUACUACCCCAAUUCUAAUUUUGGUCGCAAUGAAAAUGUUAAGGGUGCCAAUUAUGUUAAAAUAUAUAGGGAAUGUAAUGACAGUUAUGAGGAUUAAUUUUGUAGUACGAACUUGCGUGGAAAUAUUCCUGUUUAUAUUCUCCUACUUGACGUGGAAUAUCUAUUUCCAAUUUGCCGUGGAGUAUAUUGCUGAAGGUACAUUCAAGCCUACAGAUCCAAGGACUUGCUCUUGGAUAUAUAUGGGGAAGUUAUGGAAUGCUACAACAAUUGUCCGAUUUACAUAUGCUUGGGAAAGGGCAGUUAGCAUGCUACGGAAAAAUUCAAAUUUAAAUCUCAUUGACACAAAUGGAUGCUUUGAAUACUUCUUCAUGAUAUCUUGGUUUAUAGCUAAGUUACUGGUGUAUCACUGUGCAUUGAAAUUUAUCAUUGCUGUAUUUGGUACUGAAUCGGCUAAAGCGCAGUACUUUACGAUGAUUAAGCAGGUGGAAAUGUAUAUGAACCAAAGGAAAUUUCCGCCGAGGAUCAAGAAGAAAAUUCUUAAAUUCUAUGCCAUUCGGUUCCAGUCAAAUUUCUUUGUGGAGUCCCGUAUUCAUGCCUGUGUCUCAGGUCAAUUACGCGAAGACAUCAUAAUGCACACAGGACGGCAGCUAGUAGGAGAGCUGGAGUUCUUGAAACAGCUACCACGAUCCUUGCACGUGCAAAUUUGCAUGAAGCUAAAAAUGGUCAUCUUCAUAGCUGGCGAUAUUAUAUUCAAGAUCAACACAAUUGGUGACUGCUUAUACUUUAUAGACAAAGGCACCGUCGCAAUAUACUCAGAGUCAGGAAGGGAAGUAUGUCAUCUUGAAGACGGCGAUUUCUUCGGCGAGAUUGCGCUAGUCAUGAAGCAUAGGUUGCGAACAGCAUCAGCUGUUGCAGUUACCAAUUGUGAGCUGUUUAGACUUGGUAGAGAAGACUUUGAGAGCUCUAUAGCUUGUUACCCGACUGUGUAUGAAGACAUAAAGAGGGUAGCAACGUUCAGAUACGAAAGGACAUGUGUAUUAGACGAACAUCAUAAAACUGAAUUAAAAACUCCUGAAGAAUUAAAAACGCAGAAAUGAUUCUGUUAUUUGUUUAAUAAUAAUAAAGGUCUUGGUCUAGAUUUACCAAUUUUUAUACAAAAAAAUUGGAAACUUUAAUAUUCAAUUUCUAUGUAAAUCUAAGGUAACAGCUUGACUCCCAAAAUUAGAUUUAAUGGCUGAAGAUACAAUCAAUAUUUUUUUUUCAAAUGUUGCAACCUCUUAAACUCUCUAUAUAAAUUGUUUGAUUUCUCUAAUAUCCUGUAAUGGAUCUUGUAGUUACAUCGAAAUACGUGUAUAGGACUUAGUAUCUGACUUUGUAGGUAGGUACUAUAAUGGAGAUAACUAAUAAUGUUAUUUCUAUCUAUGUGCAAAAGAUUUAUUUUAUUACAUAUAUGACUAUCUUGAAGCAAUCAUAUUUGUUACAUAUAUGAUUGCUCCAAGAUAUUUAUGUUAAGUUAAUAUU